GGUGCAGUGGGGCGGGGCGGCGGCCCAGGCAGUUAGGGCGCGGGGGCAGAGAGCAUGGAGCCCCCGAGGCAUUAGCCGACUGUCAGCUCUGGGCGUGCAGCCUUCGUUUCCUGGCGCGGCCGUGUGAUGGUACUAGGAGGGAGGAAGGAAGCGCCGUGACAGCGCCUUGUUCGGAGCCCGGGUUCCGGGGGCGAGGAGGCCCGGGGGACGAGGGAUCUGGCGAGCAGGCCGCUGGCUGGGCGAGCAGUCACAAUAGGAGGUGGCAGGCCCGCAAGGAGCCACGGGGGCAACUCCGCAGGGCGGAGCCUUCCCUCGCAGAUAUCUCCCGGGGCCAAUACAGCACCUCUACCUGGCCAUCCUAACAAGGUGAUUUGUGAAAGGGUGAGACUUCAGAGCCUGUUCCCUCUCCUCCCAAGUGAUCAGAACACUACCGUUCAAGAGGAUGCUCACUUCAAAGCUUUCUUCCAGAGUGAAGAUAGUCCGAGUCCCAAGAGACAGCGCCUCUCUCAUUCAGUCUUUGAUUAUACAUCAGCAUCACCAGCUCCAUCACCACCAAUGCGACCAUGGGAGAUGACAUCAAAUAGGCAGCCCCCUUCAGUUCGACCAAGUCAACAUCAUUUCUCAGGGGAACGAUGCAACACACCUGCACGCAACAGAAGAAGUCCUCCUGUCAGACGCCAGAGAGGAAGAAGGGAUCGUCUGUCUCGACAUAAUUCCAUUAGUCAAGAUGAAAAUUAUCACCAUCUCCCUUAUGCACAGCAGCAAGCAAUAGAAGAACCUCGAGCCUUCCACCCUCCGAAUGUAUCCCCUCGUCUGUUACACCCUGCUGCUCAUCCACCCCAGCAGAAUGCAGUAAUGGUUGACAUACAUGAUCAGCUCCAUCAGGGCACCGUCCCUGUUUCUUAUACAGUAACAACAGUGGCACCACAUGGGAUUCCACUCUGCACAGGCCAGCACAUCCCUGCAUGCAAUACACAACAGGUCCCAGGAUGCUCUGUUGUUUUCAGUGGACAGCACCUCCCUGUCUGUAGUGUGCCUCCUCCAAUGCUGCAAGCAUGUUCAGUUCAGCACUUACCAGUACCAUAUGCUGCAUUCCCUCCCCUUAUUUCUAGCGAUCCAUUUCUUUUACAUCCUCCUCACCUUUCUCCUCACCAUCCUCCUCAUUUGCCACCACCAGGCCAGUUUGUCCCUUUCCAAACCCAGCAGUCACGAUCGCCUCUGCAAAGGAUAGAAAAUGAAGUGGAACUCUUAGGAGAACAUCUUCCAGUAGGAGGUUUUACUUACCCUCCAUCAGCCCAUCCCCCAACGUUACCUCCAUCAGCUCCUUUGCAGUUCUUAACACAUGAUCCUUUGCAUCAAGAGGUGUCCUUUGGAGUACCUUAUCCUCCAUUUAUGCCUCGGAGGCUCACAGGACGUAGUAGAUAUCGAUCCCAGCAGCCAAUACCACCUCCCCCUUAUCAUCCCAGCUUACUACCAUAUGUGUUAUCAAUGCUUCCAGUGCCACCUGCAGUAGGCCCAACUUUUAGCUUUGAAUUGGAUGUGGAAGAUGGAGAAGUAGAAAAUUACGAGGCCCUUUUAAACCUGGCAGAGCGACUAGGAGAGGCUAAGCCACGAGGACUGACUAAAGCAGAUAUUGAACAACUUCCUUCUUAUCGGUUCAAUCCUAACAACCACCAGUCAGAACAGACUUUGUGUGUAGUAUGCAUGUGUGAUUUUGAGUCAAGGCAGCUACUUAGAGUUUUACCCUGUAACCACGAGUUCCAUGCCAAGUGUGUCGACAAAUGGCUUAAGGCAAAUCGUACUUGCCCAAUUUGCCGAGCUGAUGCUUCAGAAGUGCAUCGGGAUUCAGAAUGACCAACCUAAGAGCACAAAUUAGUUUGGGUGUUCCUCAUCACAUGUAUAUACGGACUAUCCAUUGAACUUAAUCUGUGUGGCUUCCAGCCCUCCCUUUACCAAAAGGGUCAAUGGACCUUUCUUUGCACUGUGUGACUUAAUCAACUAUAAAAGCUUACAAUUAGUCUUCAUAAUUAUGGGAUUGUUAUACUAACCGUGUGAUUGGAACUCCAAAGACUUUUUCUUUAGCUUAAUUUUGUGUGUGCACUAACAUUCCCUGGUUUUUGUGUGAUCAUUCCGAGUGUUGCUGCAAGAUUACAGUGGACGUGAUCUUUUAGCAUGUGCUUUUAUAAAAAGUGGUAGCUCCAGAUGAUAUAGCAAUCUACCUUAUAUAGAGCCUUCAGAAACUGUGAGUGGAAAUGAAUGCAAUGUAUGACUGUUGGUGAUAAAUGUAUCUUUGUGUGUGAGAGAGAGUGUGUAACUACUUGUGUGAGGGCAUGGUAGCUAAUGUGUGUAUGAGAUCCUAUAUACCAGCAUGUACCAAGAAUGUGUGUGUAGUUUUAAUUAUGCUGCAAUGUAUAAUCUGGUGUGUUAUUUAAACAGCACUAGUACUGUACACUGGUUUUUUUUCCCUUGUGUUUGCUGUUGCACACUGAUUGCUAAGGGUGCAUCAAUUACAAGCAUUGAAUACUCCAUCCCCUCCCCUCCCAAUGAAUGGAAUGAGAAAAGCCUUCUUCCUUUGCUUCAGGCAGCUGUCACCUUCUCUUCGUUGGUGGUCCAAGUGGGUCACUUAAGAAAAAAAGUGUAACAGAUUCUCACUCCAUGAACCUGAUUUUUUUAUUCUGUUGUGAAAACUUUUUAAAUCUCCAACUUGCUGUUUCCAAAAAGAAGGUGCAAUAUCAUACAUCAUCAGUUAGCAAUAUUAGCAUUUCAAUCAGUGAUUUGAAUGUUGAUACUUUCUUGUUUUUUUCCUUUACAUUUCCAGUAAGUUUCUUACAGGAAGUAUUUGUGAUUUUUCUUUUAGUGUUUAGAUUUGUAGUCUAUUCUGAAAAUAUUUGAGUAAUAUAUUUCUAAGAAUACCACUGGUCCCAUGAAGUCUCACUUCCUUGACUUCCACCAGAACAAAAUCUGUUAGCUCUCAGCUCGAUUUCUGGUAUGUGUUCUAUGUUCAAGCUCCCAUAGGCAACUAAGUUGUUUUAAGAAAAUUGUAUUUCUGUUUGUGUUAAUUCACCUGCUAAGCUCCAGUUCUGAAAGUUGUCUAGUUCUUCUCUCAGUAAAUGUGCUUCUAAUCAAAACCCUGAUUUUCAGGAUGGAUCAAGUGCUGUGACAGCUCUAGUUCCUUAGACCUGAUGUGCUUUGGUGUUUUAUUGCUUUUCUUUUUAUUUUGUUUGAAUGAGAAAAAUUUAAUAUAACAGGUGUCCAGAAUACUUGCAGUAUAAAUGAAGAUUUGAUUUUUGUAUAAAAAAUAAUGCUGUAUAACAGGAAUUGACCUUCAUUUAGUUGAUCUGAAAUAUUUCAAUACAUAGCAGUGUGGGUUUUUUUUUUUAAUAGAUUUAUUGAGCAUAAUGCAGAUUGUUUAAAUUCAAUUUUCCAGCAGUGUUUAGAUUUCUCUCUCAUUCUUUGUACAUUCAACAUUGUCUGCUUCUUCCCUGCAGUUGGUGUCAUUGCUUUGCAGUAGCACAAGCUGCAUAGUUCCAGUCAGGACUGUGAUGAUUUGCUGCCAGCCUCACUCAGCUUUCAGUUGGCUCUGUGUCGCUUUUCUCAGACAGUGUUGACUACUUAUUACUGCCAUGCUACUUGCCUUCCCUUGAAGUCUCUAUAAGCUCAUCACAGCUUAGAGUUCAGUAAAGUCAAUUUACACAGAAGCACAAUAUUGCCCUUUUCCAGACACUGUUGCCUCUAUCUAUUCAUACAGAUAGAAUUUUGCAUACUUUCUGUUUGCCCUUAUAUUUGUCAUUGCAUCUUAAAUACAUCUAAACAGUGGCAAAAUGCACAUAUUACUUUAAAAUCAUUAGGAUAUCCCCCACCUAUUCCUGAUGAAUAAAAAGUUUGUUAAAGACCAAAAUUAUUGGCAUAAUAAUCAGCUACAUUACAAAUCACGUAUAGUUUAAUCUUUUUUUAAUUAAAAAAUCAUGUUUAAAAUGGCAAAAGCCCAUCUUAUACAUAGACUCUUUUAUAUAGCUGCAAAAAAUUUAUAUCUGUACAGAUCUAACGUAACACUACUACACUCAGUAUUCAUUUUAUUGAAGCAUGCAAGUAAAGCACUUUUUCUAAUUUAUAUAGAUACCUAAUUAACAAGGCACAUUGUACUAAUGACUAGGAAAAGUAGCUCUUUCUUCCCUCUGACGAUGAAUUCUUGUCAUAAUAUCCCUUUUCCAGUAAAUUUUUGAGAGGCAGUUGGCAAUAUUUAGGAGGCAGUAGGGUUUAUUGGUAAAAUUCUGAAUUGUUGCACUCUUGUGACUGAUCUCUCUUUGGGAAUGUCUUUUCUUUGCAUGGGGCUCUUAGAGGUGUGUGCAGACUUGCUUAUUAAGUGGUUAGUACAUAUUAGGAGUAUACAUGCAUGUGUUCUGAACCAGCUCAGACUAGCCACAGUGAGCAGCUUUAUGGCUAGCAAAGAGAAAGCGGGUGAUUUGUGCCCAGCUGUUGUCACCUUGGGUGAUGCACCAGAUAGCAAGCAGAUGUUGGUUUGUUGCCUUCUUCCUCUUCCCUCCUAAAACAAUAUUGGCUUUACCAUCUUAACUCUGCUGGGGGUUUUGUUUGGGGGGUUUUGUUUGUUUCUUUUUUGCAUGAAUUCUCUUUGAUUUCUCCUUUUCUUUCUUUUUGCUUUUUUUUUUUUUUUGCCAGCCACCCCCAAAACAGAACGAAAUAAGUAAGUCAAGGCCUCCAGGUAUCAAGAUCUCACUAGGAUUUUCUGUCCUGAUUUUUUUUUUUUAAAGCAAAAUCUGAAAAAUGUGGAAGCAUAUUUACAUUUUAUACACUCUCUCGAAUGUGAUUUGUUAAGAUUCUUAAAUUUGGGCCUCUUAAAUAUUUUGAAUGAGAUCUGUAACUCACUUAUGCAAAUAUUUUUUCACAAAUGUCUUUAGGCCUUCAUUAGGAACCAAUUUUCCCCCUGUUGGUACAUUGGGUUACCUCAUUUUGCUGUUUGUUUCAGAUUAUGAAAGCUUACAGGGGUGUUUUUUGAAUUAUUUGCUGAGUCAUUUCCUCAAAUCAUAUUCCAUUGUAUCAGUUAACAUAGUUUUAAAUGUAUGUAUUAUAAAUAUCUGUAACCAAAUCAUUUGAAGGCUUGAUAAAUUUUUAACAAAAGUUUGUACAUUUUUUAUGAAAGUUACUAGUAAUGCUUUACUAAGUAGUGCAAUGAAUUUUUAUUUUUAAUCCCUGUGCCCAAUUUUGGAGUUGAGAGGGUUGUUGGUAAUAAAUGUAUGAUGUACA